AUGUCCCGUAUGCCCUUCGUCAAGGCGCUUACACGUGACAAGGCCCUGCUCACGGCGUCCAACGUCUCGUACUCCCGAGACUCCUUGACAUGGUACUCUCCCUCCCAGAUUGAAAUAACCGAUAUAGGCCAGAUUGUGGCUCACGAGGAGACAGAGCCGCCGCUGUUGCUAGCACUGGCGUUGCAGGCGUGUCACGUGUCGAUCCACCUGCUGCUGCCCCUGGGUCCGGUUUUAAACGGUCGGAGACGGUUUACGAAGAAAACCGAGCUGGAGCUGGCCAGCUACGACGAGCCGCCCGUGAUAUUCAUCCGCCUGUACGACAACGAAAAGCUUUUUCUUCGAAUCGCCUCGAAAACCACGUUUGGAAUGGUGCUUCUGGCGCUCAUGGCGUGGCAGAACAUGAAACCAGCCGGUUUGGCGAAGAAAUGGUACGCCGAAAACGCCAGCCUGGCCACGGUGGUCUCAGACGACCCGCACGAGGUGCUUGUGGGGCGCUUCCGGAUUUUCGGCCCGAUUCCAGCAAAAGUAAAGAACCUCAAGCUCGUGAAAAUGCCCAGACCUCCUCCGUACCAGCUGCCUUACGACACAGACGCCCACAACGACCCCAGUCACGCGUCCGGAACGCUGCAGGGCCACGAGGGCUCGAUCCCCGAGGGCUGGUUCUACACUAUGGGAGUGCUCAAGUCCAAUGGUACACUCAACUUUAUUUCCGAGCUAGACGGCACUUUGCUUUACUCGAUCGACAUCAAGAGUAUCCUUCUGCUGGAGAUCCGGGAAGUGCACCACUCUAUUUGUGAUUCCUCGAACAUCCUCUUUAUCGGACACAUCAAGGACUUGCGCUGGAACAAUGUGCUUAAAUCCACCACGGCCUUGACACUAGAGCAGCUCAACCAGCUUCUGCCCUCGUUCCUUGUCAAAGACGGUAAACCGGUCGCCAACAACUCCAGAGUGCUUAUUGACUUCCCCUUGCACAUUGACCUCGAGGACUGGUUUGUCGGACUUAACUACUUCUGCAAGCGUGAAUACAUUGGCAUGUACGAUAAGGGCCUGGCGCUUCGCCCACCACCCACAAAGCACUUUAUCGAUAUCGACCUGACCAUCGAUCACGACUCGACUUUGGAUGGCACCGAGACCCCUCGCAACGGGACGCCUAACACAACCUUGAACUCCAAUGGUCUCUCCCAUGUUGCGCCACAUCACGAUAAUCAGCACCAUAAGCUCUCAGACUACUUGAGAGACCAUUUGCGUGUUUCCAAGAAGCUCACAGUCGACAUUAUCGAGGCUAAAUUCGACCAUCCUCCAUCCCUGCCCAAGGAUUCCAACAAGAUUUAUGCCGAAGUGGUCAUGUGGGGUUUCCCAUGGGCCAGAACUGCCUUUGUUCAGCACACAUCCAAUCCUUUCUGGAAGGAGAACUUUCUGGCCUCGUUACCUAUUCUGACGCAAAUGGUCCACAUUGUGAUCAAAAAGUGCGUUUCAAACAAAAACGUCUACUCCCCAGCCGACAAAGUGGUGGGAACCGUUUACCUCACGCCCGACGUGCUUACACAGCAAAGACACACCUUUUCCACCAUGAUGAACCUCAACGUUGGCGGCAAUACCAUUAAUGUGCCUGGUCACACCGCUAAUGACUCCCUCGGUGUGGCUGCUGCUACUAUUGCCAACAACAACAACUCGGUUCGUCUUUCCAUUUACGACGCGACCAAUCUCCCCAUCGGCAAGCUCCUCUUGACCGUGGAUCUCAAGGAGUACUUAAUACCUAAUCCCUCUUAUUUCAAGCCUUUGGAACACAUGCUUAAAAACUGUCCCAUGAAGGAGCUCAUUGAGUUCUGCAACAAUGCAGUGCUGACGUCUGAAUUCGAGAAUGUCAGUUUCAUCUUACUCGAUAUCUUCCAGAGUUUGGGAAUCGAAGACAGGUGGUUCAAGACGCUCGUGGAGGCAGAACUAGUUGACGUUGACAAGAUGACGCGAAAGAACUACGCCAGCAAAGGCAAUGGCAACUCGACAUCUAGUAACAACGUCUUCAACACAUUGUUCCGUGGCUCGUCCAUUUUCACAAAGUCGUUGGAGAAGUACAUCUUCAGAAUCGGUCAAGAGUACUUGGAAAAGGUGUUUGGAGACUUGUUUGAGAAGAUCACCAUGGAGCUGCUUAAUUGUGAGAUUGACCCUCGUUAUGUGAGACAACAAGAGGCCGCUAAGAGAAAGAGAGCCAAGCAUGGUGCAAACUACAUCAAUACUUCUGAUUCCGAAGACGACAGUGACGACGAUGUUGAUGCCGAGACCGAGAAAAAGAGAGAAGAGCAGGUCAAGGAAAUCAUCGACAAGAACUACAAGGCACUCACGAACUAUGCCGAACAGUUGUGGUACAGAAUCUACAGCACCUCCAACGAUCUUCCUGAACAAAUCAAACUUCAGCUCAAGAACUUCAGAACAAAGGUUGAUUUUGCCUGUGACCCUGAGGAUAAAACGACUGCUCUCAACUGCUUGAGUGCUUUCAUUUUCCUUCGGUUCUUCUGUCCUGCUAUUCUCAACCCUAAGCUCUUCUACUUGACGAAGAAUCACCAAACUGGCAAUGCCCAGCGUACGUUGACGCUUAUUGCCAAGAUCUUGUUGAACCUCGCCAACAGACAAGAGUUUAGCCAGCACAAGGAGCCUCACUUGGUUCGUAUGAACAAGUUCCUCCAAAAGCACCAGGAUGAGAUGUAUGACUACUUUGACAAGAUCACGGGCAGAAAGAACGAUUUCAACGAGAAGAUUCUUGACUUGAGUCACGAGGUCAACCGGUUUGAUCUUGGACUUGGUGGCGAUGCUUCUUCGAGUGAGCUUCCAACUACGCCUUACUUGAUUGAUAAGUACUUGAGAUUGACUGAGCUUAUCCACCUUCUCAAGUUGAGUGGUCACAGCAGGUCGCAGUCACAGAAGCUUUCUUCGACGUCGACGAGCUCCAUCACGACCAUGCUUUCAAGCCUGACGGUCGCCAGGAGCAACACAAACACUCCAGCUCAAAACAUAGCUGCCAGGCUGCCGUUCAAGGAUAACUUGGCUCCUCAGAAUGACGAGAUUCUCAUGGACGGAGACAGAAACACGUACCAGAUUGGCUCGCUUGAAUUUGAAAAAUCCGAGUUCCUCGAUUUGGCAGGAGACAACGAGACGGAGGGCUUCAUCAAGUCGUUGUGCCGUAGUAACGAGGAGAUCUUCUCGUUCAUCACGUCCAACAUCUCGCUCAAGGAUCUCCAGAAACAGAGCACAGACCUCAUCAACCGAAUUGAUGAGCUCUCUCACAGACUCGAAGAGCCCGAAAUCUGCGAGAACCUCCAACACGAUCCCAAGCUCUGGGAAGCCUACGUUGACAAGGUGGUGGACACUGCCAUUAUCGAUGUGGCUAAGAGCAGCGUUGUAUUUUACGAUGAGAACUUCCAAGGCGCCAUGGUCCCCGGCCAGAAGCGCAUCCGUGAUAACGGCAUCACGGCCUUGAAGCUCAAGUUCCCUGUGGAGAUGGAGCGGACGCUGAUGAGCGAGAGUUUCAGCUCGAACUCGUUGGGCAGUCUUCUCCGGACCCCAUCCAAGAACCCGUUCAAGCGGUGGUUGAAAAAAGAGUAA